CUUAAACGUAUUUUUCGCAGCAUUUAGUUUUCAAACCUUUGCGCUAGCGUGAACAAGCAAAUUCGAAGUGUUACUUUUAUAAAUUAUUAUUUUCAACUUUUGUUUUUUUUUUGUUUUUUUGCUCUUGCAAUCAAACGAAGAUGCGCUUUUCGCUGUGUUGCAUAUCCUUCGUGUGGCUGUGCUGUUAUGGUGUUCAAAAUGUGUUUGCUUAUAAAAUACCACAAAUUAAACUGGAACUGAUAGGAGACAAAUUUAACGUUUCAAUACCGGAUGAAGAUGGAAUCAGUAUGGCAAUAUUUAAUAUUGAGAUUAAUGAACAGUGUCCUGUAUUAGUGGAUAUGGUAACUGCACAACGAGGCGGUUUCUGGAGAAGUGAACAUGCCGCUAAUAAGCUAAAAAGGAAUGAUAAAGUAAAAAUCAAUGUCUUAGUGACACAUAAGGAUGGUCUCUUUUCAAGGACCGAUAGUGUACAAGUCUCUGAUAGACUCACGCUCACCUAUGAAACUAUUAAGGAAGCCGAAAAUCCGAUCGAUACAUGUGCUGCAAAUAUAGCCACAAAUUUGGUUAAUCGAGAGACUGAAACCAAAGUUAAAAAAAACGGCAAAGAAUUGAGGAGAAUAUUCAAACGUGACGAAUUGAUUUUCGAGGAGCUUUUCGAAAAACAAGACUUACCGAAUUGGACUUAUGCAAAAUUUAUUCAUUCAAAUGCUAUAGGUGAUCAAUCUGAGGAUUUUACAGCUUUAAGUAAGGCUAACGCAGAGGUGUAUAAUGGAAAAUUGUUUAUAACACCCUCAAUCUCCUCGAAAUUAGGGACGAAUUCAAGAUUUAACGUUUCUGAUUGUAGAAGUCCUGCUUGCUAUGAAGGCAGUCAUUUUACUUGCAAAUAUGAAAAAUCUAAAGAAAGGGCAUACGAAUAUCCCGCACCAGUAAACUCGGCGAGAAUCAGCACAAAUGGGACAUUCAGUUUCACAUAUGGACGUAUUGAAAUCAAUGCAACACUGCCUAACGGUGAUUGGCUAUUCCCCUAUAUUAUGCUUAUGCCCGACAAACUCAAUUGUGCUAUGCGCAAGCAAAUCCGUAUAGCUUUUGCCACGUCAGCUGAUCUUGAAAGUAAACGUUUACGUGGUGGCCCAGUAAUAUUACAAGCACGAGAGAAUAAACAAUCCGCAAAACUAUAUUUUACUCGUUUAAGUCACAUGGCCGUCAAUACGAAUUUCAAUGUAGAUGGUUUUCACAACUUCACCAUGGUAUGGACUUCACAAGGGAUGAGUUGGUACGUCGAUAGAAAACAGUAUGCUUGUAGUAUAAACAACGGGGAAUAUGCAGAACCUUAUCAUAUCGUUUUGGGCGUUGGAGCUGGAGGAAACCUUGAAUUUGAGGAUACGACAUCCAAACCAUGGCGAAAUGGAUAUAAUACCGCAUUUACUUUUUUCCAUCGAAGUUUUACAGGUUGCUGCGCACGUCAGAAUCAUAGAAAGGCAUGCGUUCAAAUAAAUAAAAAUAAUAAAAACGUAAAAAAAGAAAGAAUGUGCAGCAGGGAGUGGGGCCCGCAAGCGACUAUGGCUGUGGAAUCCGUCCGUGUGUUUGCAGUAUAGCGAUAUCUAUAUAUUUGCAUUUCCAAACGCUUUUAUAAUAAUCAAGUUCUUAUAAUUCCGUUCUUAAAAGUUAAAAAUUAAAAUUCUAAAAUUGCUAAUUUUAAACUAUGUA